GUGACGGGUCGGCGGCGCUGGCGGUUGCUGUCAGCUGAUUCCCCGGGUCAGUGGCGGCGGCGGCCGUGGCGAUGGACUUUCUCCUGGGGAACCCGUUCAGUUCUCCGGUGGGACAGCGCAUCGAGAAAGCUACCGAUGGCGCCCUGCAGAGCGAGGACUGGGCCCUCAACAUGGAGAUCUGUGACAUCAUCAAUGAGACCGAGGAAGGUCCCAAAGAUGCCUUCCGAGCAGUGAAGAAGAGAAUCGUGGGGAAUAAGAACUUCCACGAGGUGAUGCUGGCUCUCACGGUCUUAGAAACCUGUGUCAAGAACUGUGGGCACCGCUUCCACGUGCUGGUGGCCAGCCAGGACUUCGUGGAGGGCGUGCUGGUGAGGACCAUCCUGCCCAAGAACAACCCCCCCACCGUCGUGCACGACAAGGUGCUCAACCUCAUCCAGUCCUGGGCUGACGCGUUCCGCAGCUCUCCCGAUCUGACAGGCGUGGUCACUGUUUACGAGGACCUGCGGAGGAAGGGCCUGGAGUUCCCGAUGACUGACCUGGACAUGCUGUCGCCCAUCCACACGCCCCAAAGGACUGUAUUCAGCUCGGAGACAACAUCGGGACAGAAUGCUGUGGGCACCGACGCCAGUCAUCAAGGGGACUCCAAUCAGCACUCUGUCCCUGUGCCUUCCCCUGCCCUUCUCCCCAGCGACACACCCAUCACACCGACCCCUGAGCAGAUUGGGAAGCUGCGCAGCGAGCUGGAGAUGGUGAGUGGGAAUGUGCGGGUGAUGUCAGAGAUGCUGACGGAGCUGGUGCCCACCCAGGCGGAGCCUGCAGACCUUGAGCUGCUACAGGAGCUCAACCGGACGUGCCGGGCCAUGCAGCAGCGAGUCCUGGAGCUCAUCCCCCGGAUCGCCAACGAGCAGCUAACAGAGGAGUUGCUCAUCGUCAACGACAAUCUCAACAACGUAUUCCUGCGCCACGAACGGUUUGAACGCUUCCGGACAGGCCAGAGCGCCAAGGCUCCCGGUGAAGCUGAGGCCACAACUGACCUGAUCGACAUGGGCCCUGACCCCAAGGCCACGGGCAACCUCUCGUCCCAGCUGGCGGGAAUGAACCUGGGCUCCAGCAGCGUGAGGACUGGCCUGCAGUCCCUGGAGGCUUCUGGCCGACUGGAAGACGAAUUUGACAUGUUUGCGCUGACCCGGGGCAGCUCGCUGGCUGACCAACGCAAAGAGGUAAAAUAUGAAGCCCCUCAAGCCACAGACAGCCUGGCUGGUGCCUUGGAUGCCCGGCAGCAGAGCACUGGAGCGAUAGGAGACAGCAGUGAGAAGAACCUCAGUGACUGGAUGGUGAAACAAGGCAUGAUCCCCGUCAGCCAGGCCUGCCUCAUGGAGGACAUCGAGCAGUGGCUGUCCACGGAUGUGGGGAACGACCUGGAGGAGAACAAGGGCGUGACCAGUGAAGAAUUUGACAAGUUCCUGGAAGAACGGGCCAAAGCCGCCGAUCGGUUGCCCAACCUCUCCAGCCCCUCAGCUGAGGGGCCCCCAGGGCCUCCUUCCGGUGCUGCCCCUCGAAAGAAGACCCAGAAGAAAGAUGACGACAUGCUGUUUGCCUUAUGAGUGUGGGGUCUGGCACCCUGCAGCCCCGUCCCCCUUCUCCGCUGGGGUCUCCCUCCUUCCUUCGGUGUUAAGGCUGCUUUGGGGGUGCCUUGUUACCCCCUUCUCUUCUCCUGGAGGAUGGGGCUGACCCAGCCAAGGCUGGGCCCUGCUGCCUGGGGUGUGGGGGCAGCUGGGUGACUCAGGAACAGGUCUUCUCUGGCCACUCCUGCUUCCUCCUCACCCCAACCGACCACUACGAUGUCACUGGGAACUGGGAAGCCCUGGGACAGACAGGCUGACUCUUUCCUUGGCCUGGGUGACCCCCCCCCAUUGGGCGCCCCACAAUCCCACACUGCCAGUCGAGGCCUGGCUGGAGGCUGGCGAUGGCAGAAGCUUCUGUCACAGCCCCUGGUCCAUCCCCCGGCCCUUGCCUGGAGCCUGCAGGCUCCAGUCACCCCUGGGCAGGUCUGCGGCCCUCGGCCAAGCUGCUCUGCAGGUACGAAGCUGUGCGAGGUGGGGCAAUCUCACCACCUAGCUGCGGGGGCGCAUCCAGGGAGCCUGGAACGUCUGUGCCCCCACCACCUCCUCCACUGCCUUUCCCUUCCUGGGCCUCCUGGCAGGGCUCCUCAGCCCUGGGCCUCCUGUUGUUGAUCUCUUGUGCUGGGAGAGGUGCCUUUUAUAUCUCAGAUUAAAGGUAGAAACCGCGCUGUUGUUGGUCUCCAGGAGGGCAGUGACCUCUCUUAUCCAGGGGAGCGACUACUUGGGGCUGGACUGGGGGCCAUCCUAGCGGUGGGCACCUGUGGAUG